UUGUGCAGUUAUUUUUCUUGUAUUAUUUGACAUUAUAGAAAAUUCCAUCCUGAUGAAAUCGCCCUACGAAAAAUAGAUGGGGGCUGGCGUGAAAAGCUGUUAAGACUUUUGGCUAAAGAGAAAGCGAAUGAAAAGAAAGGGCUGGGAAAGAACAAGAAUAAAAAUGUGCGACGGUCAAACGCCGAAUGUAAGGAAGACGAACACAAACAAAAUGGAAGCUCGCAAAACCAGAAGAAAAACACAUUGAUUGAGCAUCACAAAACAGGCAAAAAUGAGAUUUUGGAUGAAUAUAAAGUCUUAAAAAGUAGAAGAAAAAGUGGCGUUAAAAGGGAAGAAGCUCUUACAUAUAAAGAAAUCAAAUUAAUGAAGAAUCGACUGCAUUUAAAAGAUUGGGACGUUUUGAAUAAGAAUAGUCAACUUAUUAUCCAUCCCGAUGUGUUUAUGGACAUAACACAAGAGAGGCUGCUGCAGAUAUUACAAGACAAUCCAAAUCAUCAAAUAACAUUCUUCAAAGAGAUAAUUCGGCAAAACCAGCACAAGGAUAAAGGCACUGUGGAUCUUAUAAGCUAUUGCAGGAUUAGUCAACUUAUUAUCCAUCCCGAUGUGUUUAUGGACAUAACACAAGAGAGGCUGCUGCAGAUACUACAAGACAAUCCAAAUCAUCAAACAACAUUCUUCAAAGAGAUAAUUCGGCAAAACCAGCACAAGGAUAAAGGCACUGUGGAUCUUAUAAGAAAUAGUCAACUUACCAUUCCAUUCGAGGGUAUUCCCGAUGUGUUUUCGGACAUAAGAGAAGUGGAGCAGCAGAUACAACAAGACGUAGCAAAUUAUACAGCAUACUCCAAUGUGAACGUUUGGGAUUUGGUAGCAAACCAUAGGAAGAGAAUCGUGGAAUUAGAGAGAGAAUGUGCAGAACUCAGAGAAAGUGGCGCUAGAUGGAGUGAAGCUUUAGCAGAAAAAGUAAAAAAAUUGAUGGAAACACGAAUGCAGUUGAAAUAUAUGGAAGCAUUAAUUGAGAAUAGUCAACUUACCAUUCCAUUCGAGUUUACUCCUGAUGUGCUAAUGUACAUAAUACAACAGAGGCAGCUGCAAUUAAUCAAGUUAUUUGACAAAAUACGUUGCCAAUAUGAAGAAAAAGAAAGAUCUAGGAAUAGUCAACUUACCAUUCCAUUCGAGUUUACUCCUGAUGUGCUAAUGUACAUAAUACAACAGAGGCAGCUGCAAUUAAUCAAGUUAUUUGACAAAAUACGUUGCCAAUAUGAAGAAAAAGAAAGAUCUAGGAAUAGUCAACCUACUCAUAUCACUCGAGUUUACUCCCGAUGUGUAUUCGAUGUGUAUUCGGACAUAACAGAUGACGAGCAGCAGAUACAACAAGACGUAGCAAAUUAUACAGCAUACUCCAAUGUGAACGUUUGGGAUUUGGUAGCAAACCAUAGGAAGAGAAUCGUGGAAUUAGAGAGAGAAUGUGCAGAACUCAGAGAAAGUGGCGCUAGAUGGAGUGAAGCUUUAGCAGAAAAAGUAAAAAAAUUGAUGGAAACACGAAUGCAGUUGAAAUAUAUGGAAGCAUUAAUUGAGAAUAGUCAACUUACCGUUCCAUUCGAGUUUACUCCUGAUGUGCUAAUGUACAUAAUACAACAGAGGCAGCUGCAAUUAAUCAAGUUAUUUGACAAAAUACGUUGCCAAUAUGAAGAAAAAGAAAGAUCUAGGAAUAGUCAACCUACUCAUAUCACUCGAGUUUACUCCCGAUGUGUAUUCGAUGUGUAUUCGGACAUAACAGAUGACGAGCAGCAGAUACAACAAGACGUAGCAAAUUAUACAGCAUACUCCAAUGUGAACGUUUGGGAUUUGGUAGCAAACCAUAGGAAGAGAAUCGUGGAAUUAGAGAGAGAAUGUGCAGAACUCAGAGAAAGUGGCGCUAGAUGGAGUGAAGCUUUAGCAGAAAAAGUAAAAAAAUUGAUGGAAACACGAAUGCAGUUGAAAUAUAUGGAAGCAUUAAUUGAAAAGUACAAAAAUAACAUAGAAGAACUUGAACGGGAAAUAUCAAAGUCCAAAAAUAGAACAGAGGAACUUGAACGGGAAAAUUCCGACCUAAUAAAGGAGGUCUGGAAGCAAGUACAAAGAGCCGACAGGCAAGAAGAAACCAUUCAUACGCUGAGGGAUGAAAACACCAGGCAAGAAGAAACCAUUCAUACGCUGAGGGAUGAAAACACCAGGCAAGAAGAAACCAUUCAUACGCUGAGGAAGGAGAAUACCAGAUACAAGGUACGAAAUGCUAAACAAAAGGACGAGUAUUGUCGAUUAUAUAGCUGGAGAGAAUUACACAUCUCCCUUGAAACGCCUUCAGAAACAUAUAUAAGUAUUAACCCGCAUCGUAAUACGUCGUUGCUGAGGGAUAAUGAGCGACUAGGGGAAAACCCAAAUGUGAUUAUACCGUUAUUCGGUCUCAAUGUGGAAGCUAUCGAUGAAUGGUACAACACAAUUGAAGUCAGAAAUGAACAAAGGACAAAUGAUUACAGUCUGGUGGCAGCUGCAUUAAUCAAAGGAUCAGACUUCUUUGAAGGUUACUUUGCAUGUUGCAAAGAUACCACUGAUCGACACUUGAUAUACAAAGCUGCUAGCGAGUAUACAAAGAAGCAAAGAAGAUAACCUUUGUAAACGGCUAAAAAUGAGGCAAAUAUUUCGAGAACAAAAACAAUCUCGUAGUUCAACUAAUAAAUGCUUUCACUCACUGAAAUUAGCUGUUAAAUGAAGGGUUUGAAUAAUGAACGAAAAUGUGCAAUAUUUAGGAUAUAUGUUAUAGUAGACAAUUAUUAUUAUAUCGUUUGAACCGAUGCAGUGUGUUUUAAAGUAAAAUUAAGUAUUACAGACACCGAGCGCUAGUUUGUGAUUUACUGUACGUUUGUUUGGUACUUGUUAUUUUGAUAGUCGGAUGGACAGCAACAGCGACCAAUGGUAUGAAAUGGUAUAACUAACUGAUUCAACGAUGUUAAAUAAUAAAAGGAAUAUUUCGUGUACCUUUACACGUAUCGGUUGGUGUUAAAUUACACCGAUUGAUAAUCCAAUGUAUGAUUUUUUGCUUUCGCAAAUCAUCAAAACAACAUCUGGGAAGUAUGCAAUAAGGUAACUGUAAUGAUAAAGAUUAUGUUAUAGUAAUUCAAAUCAUAGUUUAUCAUUUUUUAAUCUCAUUGAAAUAGAUGUCAUAACAUUGAUACGCUCACAAUAAAAGUUCACAGAACUUA